CUUUCAUAGAAGUGACCGAAGUGGUUGUUGGCAAGACUGGCUCGGCUACGGGCUCCAGAUAUGGGAUGACGUAGUGGGAGAGGCAACUGUUUCUUCGACAAGACCACAUCAGACACUUCACGACACAGAAAACAGCUCAGAAGAAUCUCGUAUACGUUACACUACAAACACAUGGAUAGGAACCUGUCUAUCGGCGAACGACGGGGAGACUAGCCUGGCAUUAUAUUGCCAUGCAAUAGCUACACAGAACUGUAGCAUAUGCCCGGUAACGUGGGUGCUAUUGCUGCGUGGAAGUAAAACAUUUUAUGGAGGCUUGGAAGGACGUGGGGGAGCGAGGAGCUGAAGGGGGAAACUGGAGAUUGCCACUACGAACUGGAAACAGGACGGAAUCCGCUGGCUACGAGUGAUCUGCAAGCACGGGACGGGGUGAAAACAUGGCCGCGAAUGGCAACAAUUUAACAUCUGGGAUGGGGGAAAUUAUCCAACUGAACGUUGGUGGGACAAGGUUCAGCACUUCCAGACAGACUCUCAUGUGGAUCCCAGACUCAUUCUUCUCUAGUUUGCUGAGUGGGAGAAUAUCAACUCUUCGGGAUGAAACUGGAGCUAUAUUUAUUGACAGGGACCCAACUGCCUUUGCACCCAUCUUGAAUUUCCUUCGAACCAAAGAGUUAGACUUAAGGGGGGUGAACAUUAACAUUCUCCGUCAUGAAGCUGAGUUUUAUGGGAUCACGCCAUUAGUGAGAAGGCUGCUGCUUUGUGAGGAGAUAGAACGUUCCUCCUGUGGCAGUGUUCUGUUCCAUGGAUACCUCCCUCCUCCAGCUCUGCCAGCACGUAAGUCAAGCCCCACACCUGCAGUCUCUGGCCCCACCCCCGAGGAUAGGCCGGGUUCUAGUGGAGCAGAGGGGGGGUUCCCCCGAACCUGUCCCGGGCCCCCCGGAGCUGAGGGGCAACACAGACUGGGUGCUGUGGUGGACCCCAGGAAAGUGCUGAUUGUAGCUGGACAUCAUAACUGGAUCGUAGUGGCUUAUGCACACUUUGUCAUCUGCUACAGAAUAAAGGAAUCCUCAGGAUGGCAGCAGGUGUUUUCUAGUCCCUACCUGGACUGGUCCAUAGAGAGAAUAGCUCUCAAUGCCAAGGUGGUAGGUGGUCCCCAUGGUGAUAAGGAUAAGAUGGUGGCUGCUGCCUCUGAUAGCAACAUCAUCCUGUGGAGCAUUCAGGAUGGAGAGAGUGGCAAUGAGAUAGGUGUGUUUAGCCUGGGUGUUCCUGUGGAUCACCUGUUCUUCAUUGGGAACCAGCUGGUGGCCACCAGUCACACUGGGAAGGUGGGGGUCUGGAACGCUGUUACACAACACUGGCAGGUGCAAGAUGUCGUACCCAUCACCAGCUGUGACACGGCCGGGUCGUUCCUGUUACUGGGCUGCAACAACGGCUCCAUUUACUACAUUGACAUGCAGAAGUUCCCUCUGAGGAUGAAGGAUAAUGAUCUGUUGGUAACAGAGCUGUACCAUGACCCAUCUAACGAUGCCAUCACUGCACUGAGUGUCUACCUCACUCCCAAGACCAGCAUCAGCGGUAACUGGAUAGAGAUAGCGUAUGGGACCAGUUCUGGAGCCGUGAGAGUUAUAGUGCAACACCCAGAGACAGUCGGCUCUGGACCCCAGCUCUUCCAGACCUUCACGGUUCACCGCUCUCCUGUCACUAAGAUCAUGCUCUCUGAGAAACACCUGGUCUCAGUGUGUGCUGACAACAACCAUGUGCGUACCUGGACCGUGACGCGGUUCCGAGGCAUGAUCUCCACGCAGCCUGGCUCCACCCCCCUGGCCUCAUUUAAGAUCCUCUCCCUGGAGGAGGUGGAGAGUCACGGCAGCUACUCCUCAGGAAACGAUAUUGGACCGUUUGGGGAGAGAGAUGACCAGCAGGUGUUUAUUCAGAAAGUCAUCCCCAUAACCAACAAGCUGUUUGUUCGUCUUUCCUCCACGGGGAAAAGGAUCUGUGAGGUAGCAUCUGUGGAUGGGACCACCAUCUCGUGUUUCACGGUGAGGGAGUGUGAAGGUUCUAGCAGGAUGGGUUCCAGACCCAGGCGGUACCUGUUCACUGGACACAGUAACGGCAGCAUUCAGAUGUGGGACCUCACCACUGCCAUGGACCUGGCCAAUAAGAAAGAAGAGAAGAAGAAGGAUGAAGUGGGCGGUCCCACAGAGGAGGAACUGCUGCAGCUAUUGGACCAGUGUGACCUCAGCACCUCCCGGUGUGCCACGCCCAACAUCAGUCCCGCCCCCUCGGUACUGCAGCACAGCCGCCUCCGGGGAUCCUGCUCCAGCCUCCAGUUGCAGGACCCCAUCCCAGAGGUGGCCACUUACGGAGCCCUGCGGCCCUACAGAGAGAGCCCCCUGUUGGCCCGCGCCCGCCGCACUGAGUCCUUCCACGGUUACAGAGACUUCCAGAGCUUUUCCCUUGGGAAGGGCCUGCUCGAGAGCCCUGACCAGGCUCCGGGACAGGGGGCAGGCGCAGAGCCCAGAACCCGUUCGCUGUGUGAGGCUGGGGGAGAGGAGGCCGAUCGAAGGGGCUCUGCCAUGGAGCUCUGGGCAAGCCGUACGGCAAACGGCGCCAAUGGUUACUUGGUCGGUAACACCGCUGUGGUCACUAGCGGUGCCACCGUCCCAGAAGGUGGUUCAGAAUCGCCACGGCAACCACCCAACAGUCCCGGGGGAGAUGUUCGUCGCAGGGUCCAAUCAGAGGAGGAGGGGGCAGGGCUAGGUUUAGGAGCGGAGGCUAGGUCUGAUGGGAGGAAGAAGGGAGGGUUCGAGGGGGUGUUACUGGGCAGGAAGAGGGCGCCACCAGUUCCUCAGCUUUCCACACUCCCCUCGGGGGGGUAUGAUGCGGGCGGCAGUGACUCCUCCUCCACUGCCUCCCCGUCCCCCACCAAACUAGCCAACACUUCCCCCAGACACAGGAAAUGCAGCGAACCGGCCAAUCAGGACAGCAUCCUGUAAGUGACGGACGGCUCUGAUACACACUAACCCUAGUCAGUCAGUCAGUCAACAGCUUCAGGUAAGCACUGGAUCUAGGACCAGCCUAACCUCAGCCAUUACCAGGAAAACAUAAUAAACUGACCUAAGAUCUGUGUCAAAGGGUAAUUUCCCAGGCAGACCUCAUCCUGUCACAGUAUGACAUCCCGAAAUAAAGCCUCUGUAUUCCAAGGGGAAGAAACUUGACCCCGGCUGGAAGUUGCUAGGAAUACCUCCUUGUAUCUCCCCAUCAUGGCUUUAAUCUGGUACCUAUACAGUUUGUGCUCCUUCAAAGUUUGUUGCAAAUGUUCACGCAUGACAUCAGUCAGACUUUGUUAGGAUAUUUAGUUUUAGAAUUUAGAAUAUUAACACUAAGUGCUGUGGGUUUUUAUUUCCCUGUGUGGUUUGUGACACUUCAUCACAGUUUGGGUUUGCACGUUGUGGAACUUGACCCAACACUCAGAUUAGACCAGAAUGAGAUCUACACUACACAGUGAAUAUCUUCAUUGUCAUUUCUUUAUUGAACCAGACACGUCUUAUUCCACUGAAGGUCAAAGUGACUUUGCAUGGCAUUCUGUUUCUUUAGAUAUUUUCUAGUGCCUUCUCUGACGUAAGAGUUUGAAAAAUACUCAGCUGUCCUUUCAGUGACAUCAAGAGGAUCUAGAACCAGACCAGAGGUUGAAGGCAGUUUGUGUGUGUUGCUGACCUUCCAGCGGGUCGCAGGUUGGACCGCUGCUAUCAUGGUCACUCCUGUCACCCAACAGCAACUCCCGCCGAGACACGGUCCUUCCGACCGUUUCCUAAACCAUCCCCCGUCCCUGUCACUAAGGCCCUACCCUGGUCAGGAACAUACAGCGUAACGUGAGCUCCGUGUCAACAGGACCAAUAGAAUAGUCCCUAAAGUCAAAUUCUGACCUGCAAGCUAGCUGAAGCUCACCUUUUGUAGUUGACCCAGUCGGUCCUAGACAGAGGUUCGGUCAGAGGUGGAAUGAGAUCAUACCAAGAAAUGUACAAAGAUGUAAAUCCAAUAUGCAGCCUGAUGCUACAUGAAGAAUAUACCUACAUAAUCAAAACAUAUGUAACCGUGCUGAUGCAUCUAAAUGUGUGUUACUCUAUCUACAUAUUUGCUGUUGUUUGUGACAUACGUUUGUUUCCCAUAUAAGCUAUAUUAAUAUUUUAUUGUAUCUAAAUUGCAUUUGCACUUGCGCUAUGAAUGAAGUAAUAUUUUAUUUAGUACGAGAGAAUAUUUAACCUUGAGGAAUUAUGCCUGUUCUAUAUUUUUUAAUGAUUUAGAUCCAUGUUAAAGCUGUCUUAUAUUUGAGGUUAAUUUCCGAUUGAGCCAACAUAUGCAACGUUUACCGUGAACGCAGUCUCCACAAACACUUUGAACGCUGUCUUUAAAAGGUGCAUAAAUGCUAUCAGACUGAACCUGGGCCUAAACCAUGUCUCUUCCCUGGCUAUGUUUACACUUCCACCUCAGCCAGAUAUUAAGAAAAGAAAUAGAUAUAUUUAUGUUGCUUGUUAUAUAAUUUUGUAUGAGACAGGUAUGUAAAAAAAAAUAUAUAUAUAUAUGUUGCUUUAAAUAAUAUGCAUUAAUGCUUACUGAUCUAUGGCAUUGGUUCUCAAUCCUGGACACGGGGUCCCAAAUUGGUGCAGAGGUUUUGCCCUAGCACAUUUAAAUUAACAACUUUUUCAAAUUAACAACUCCGUUGUUGAUGAUUUGUAAACAAGUGUGUAGUGUGCAAACACGAAAAGUCUGCCCGUUUUGGUGGAGCAGGAUUGAGUACCACUGGUCUAUGGUGUUCUCCUAGCUGGUCAACUCUUAUUCUACAAGGAGUGGGCUGCUUUUCCUUUCUACCUGGUCAUGAAUUGCACCCACCUGGUGUCCCGAGUGGAACAGUUCACCAACGAGGUGGAACUGGCUUUAAAAUCCAGAGUUGAGUUGGAGUGAACCAGCCUUUUAUUGAUUUGUUCCAACUGCAAUGUUGUUUGAUCUCAGAACUGACUAGCUAGUGUAACUAGGAUGUGAGAUGAAGUCUGAAGACUGACACAGCACCAUGUUACCAUAGAAUCUUACAGUUCAGUGUUGGCACACAAACCUGGCUACCUUGUAUUGUAAAACUGGGUAUAAUAAGGUGGCCAGGCAUGCAGGCUUUUGGUACAUCUCAGCACUAACGGGCCUGAAUCUACUAAUUAUUUACUCAGGUUUUGGAUGUAGCCUCUGUCAUGUGUGUGUUCUUGUCCCAGACAGUGUCUGUCACACACUCCGAAGCACGCUGGUCGCUCCACAGCAUAACCUUCCCUUUAGAGAAGUUAACAACUUUGUUAACCGAAUGUGGCAUCUGAUAGCUGUGUGAUUUAUGACUAUAAUAAAGAGCCGUUGCUGCUUCUGAAUGUGUGAGCCACCAAGGGCCAUGCUGUCGGCUACAAUCACUCUAUUUUUACUUUGGAAAAGUGUUUUUUUUCCCCCCUUCACAAUAGCUGUGAACGGUGCCGGUGAAUAUGCGGCUACUGUGCCCUUGUCAAAAUGAUGUCCUUGAGUUAGGACACAGUUCUAACUGCUGGUUUGGUGUGUCCCUUUGAGGGACUUAACGACCAGACUGACCGACACGUGGCUUGUUGUAAUACCGUCCUCUUUGCCCUGCGUGAGUAAUACUAGUUGAAUGGUGGGCCUAAGUUCUUUGGAUCUGUUGUUUUUUUGAGGUAGUAGCACGUGCCUCCACCAGAGGGCACUGUGGAUUUGCGUGAACUCAAGGUACCGCCAACGCUGGAGACUGAUACAUGAAUGCCAAUCUGUUACAUUUACACGUACCCAAGCCGUGUUAAAACUUCCCUCAGUUUAGUGUGAUUUUAACAUUGGUUUGGAGCGCCUCAUAACCCUGUUACUGACAAAAGCAUGUAGUUCACCUGCUGGGGACAUCUCUGUCAGCGUCUCAGUGUACCAGCUUUCAUAUUAGUUGUGUCACUCCGUUUGAGUCGAAAUAGGUACGACUGUGUGUGUGUGUGUGUGUGUGUGUAUGUGUUCUGUAACUCUAAUUGCUGCUUCUGUCCUCUGACGUCUCCAGUCUGUGCUGAUGGAUUAAAACACAGUAACCCAGUAUAUCA